AUGGAUGCGGACACGGAAAAAUUCGCCGAUAAAUCGUCGCGAAAAAACAUUCGGCUUGACGUCACGACCGUUUGGAAAUGGCUGGUAUCGUACAUGUUUGAGCCCGAAGACGGAGAGUGUCUGGCCGCGUUACGGAUAGCUUUCGGUCUGCUGAUGAUGAUCGACACGAUGGACGAACGGGGCUUUUGCCAGGCCGACAAACGAUGGAUGGAACCCAUGAAGUGCUAUUUUCCACUUUUUGACUUUGUUAAACCGCUGCCCGGCCGAUGGAUAUGCUUGGCGUACGUGGCAAUGUUUUCCGGAGUUCUCGGCAUAUUCACCGGUUUCCACUACCGAAUCAGCUGCGCCAUGUAUGCGAUUCCUUACUGGUACAUAUUUUUGGCCGACAAGAGCUCGUGGAACAACCAUUCGUAUCUAUUCGGACUGCUGAUCGUCAUUUUCUCCGUGACAGACGCUCAUCGCAACUGGUCCGUGGACAGAUGGCUUCGACGAAAAAUGCCAUCGGACGCGCCAUCAUUGGUGCCCCGUUGGAACUAUCUUCUACUCAGGAUACAGUUUUUCAUCAUGUACUUCGUGGCUGGCCUAAAAAAGUUCGAACCCGAUUGGCUGUGGGGUUACUCGAUGAUGUCAUUGGGUCACCAUCACGCGUUCACUCCAUUCAGGUACUUUUUCUCAGCUGAAUUCAUUGAUCAUUGGAUUGUGCACGUCGGAGGAUUCCUCAUCGAUUUGUUGUCCGGAUUUGGACUGUGUUUCCAGUCCACUCGACCACUUACUAUCGUCGUACUACUCGCUUUUCAUGGUAUGAACGCAACCAUGUUUACUAUAGGUAUGUUUCCAUACGUUUGCGCCGCAAUGAUACCGGUAUUUUGUGAUCCAGCGACGAUGUCUAAAAUUUUACGGACCACUGUAGAAAAUUUCUGGAACGAUAAGUCUGAACCAAAGUCCCCCGUCUACAAACCUCCAACUCGGACCAAACAAAACGCCAUCGUCGCGGGAGUGUGUGUGUACACAGUCUUGCAAUUAUUUUUACCGUAUUCGCAUAUAAUAACACAGGGUUAUAACGGAUGGCGAAACGGAUUGUACGGAUAUUCUUGGGACAUGAUGGUGUACAACGUGGACGUGGCCAAGAUAGAAGUUAAGGUGUUUGACCACGUACGCCGUGAACAAUUCUACUUGGAUCCGAACGUCUGGACAGACAACAGCAAAUGGAUGUUGCACGGCGAUAUGUUGAAGCAGUUCGCGAGGUGCGUGGCCGCUAACAUGCCUGAAAGACAUGACAAUAUGUCCGUCAAAAUGGACAUCUGGGGGUCACUCAACGGCCGGUUUCACCAGCGACUGGUUGACCCAAACGUGGAUAUAUUGCACGCUCCUUGGUCACCCUGGUCAUCCGUGCCCUGGCUUAUGCCGUUGAUCCGGCACUUGGACAGGUGGCGGCCUUGGAUAGUGAACGCAAAACGCAGCACCGAUGACGAUCUACUAUUUUUUGCCGAUUUUCCAGGCAUGACUGUGAUGAACGUCGCUGACGAUCAAGAAGAGAUCACCACCACGUUGGCCGUGCUCGAAGGUGCCGUGUCCGUCCAUGAAUCAUGGACCGGAGGUGGAGACGAUGACGGGGCUGUGCGACUAGUGUCUGGCGAAGCGAUGGACGUGACUGGCCGACAUAUAGUGACCACCGUGAGUGCGACGCCGUCGUGUUAUGUUUUAGCAGCGACGGUGGACAGAAAAGGCGAUGUAGGCGGUGGUGGCGUUGGAGGUGGCGGUGACGUUGGAGGUGGUGGUGGUGGUUGCGUUGACAGUGGCGGCAGUGGCGACGGAAGAGUAUCAACUAGAUCCGCUGCAGUCGUUCGCGAUCGUUCUGGCUGUUCUGAUGCUUGUUACGCGUUCGUAUUACACACCAUAAGAGACGCGUUUUCCGCUUUUUUCCCCCGUGCCGCCGUCUGACCACAAACACGAUAGAAAUACAACUUUUCUAAUCCUAUUAGAAAUGCCCGUAGUUUGCGAUUUGAUCAACUUUAUUCUCACAGAAGCCAAACUAUAAUCCUUGUGCAUACCUACCUAUUAAUUUAAAUAAAAAUAAUAUUAGUACAUUAUUAUAAUU